GCGAAAGCAGAGAAGCAGAAACUUAGCCGUUACUUCCCUUCUUAUCAAUGGCGUCUCUGCGAUGUUCGUUUCUAAUAAUAUGGUUUUAUUUAUUUUCUCUGCUAAUUUCGCCGGGAUGUUCAGAGACCUGUACCUCCCAAAAAUUCACAAACAACAAACUCUACAGUCACUGCCUAGACCUCCCAGUCCUCGCUUCCUACCUCCAUUUCUCCUACGAUUCGUCGAAUUCGACUCUCUCCAUUGCCUUCAUUGCUACCCCGGCAAAACCCGACGGCUGGAUAGCAUGGGCCAUCAAUCCGACGGGCACUGGCAUGGCCGGGUCUCAGUCGCUCGUUGCCUACAAGGACUCGAACGGUUCUAUGGUUGUGAAGACCUACGAUAUCGCGUCGUACGGGUCGAUUGUGCCUAAAAAGCUAGCGUUGGAUGUGUGGGAUACGAGCGCGGAGUCUUCCGGUGGGGUUAUGCGGAUGUUCGCGAAGAUCAAGGUGCCGGCCGAUCUGGCGGCGGCCGGGAAGGUGAAUCAGGUUUGGCAGGUGGGGCCCGGUGUGGGAUCUAAUGGGAUGCUGCAAAAGCAUGAUUUCGCGGCGGCUAACUUGAAUGCCAAGGCCACGCUUAAUUUGUUGAGUGGGGAGGGUUCCAGUGCGGCGGACCCCAGGCUCAAAAGCAAGAAUAUUCAUGGAGUUCUGAAUGCUGUCAGCUGGGGAAUUUUGUUUCCCCUCGGAGCGAUCAUUGCAAGGUAUAUGAGAACUUUCGAGUCAGCAGAUCCUGCAUGGUUUUAUCUCCAUGUUUUCUGCCAGAUCUCUGCAUAUGUUAUUGGCGUUGCUGGUUGGGGAACUGGCCUUAAGCUCGGAAGCGAGUCCCAGGGGAUUACAUACACCAUUCACCGGAAUAUUGGAAUAGCACUCUUCACCCUUGCAACUGUGCAGAUGUUUGCGUUGUUCUUGAGACCGAAGAAGGACCACAAGUAUCGAGUCUACUGGAAUGUCUACCACCACAGCAUUGGAUACUCCAUUCUUGCACUUGGAAUCUACAAUGUGUUUAGAGGUCUACACAUGUUGAAUCCGGAAGACAAGUGGAGAACGGCGUAUUAUGGUGUGAUCGUUGUUUUGGGCGCGAUUGCUGUGUUGCUGGAGGCUGUCACUUGGGUUGUAGUUAUUAGGAGGAAAUCUGGUAAUAAGCAUACUUAAUCCUGUGACAGGUACAGCAGAAGAUUAGACAGACAAUGGAGGCCGGCUCGCUCGUCGGUGUGAAUCUCUAUUGCUGAUUCUGAUUCUGUAAUAUACUUCUUCUCUCAUCUGAAGUCUCUCAUAUGCUUAUUUAUUUAUCACAGUGGAAUUGUUAGUACACAAACAGAUUGUUAGGUGUUUUGGUUAAUAAUUGUUGGAGUUGGCAAUAAUUUCAGUUGCAGUAUGCAUAUGUUUUACAUCUCUCAAUGUUCUGAUGAAUAUAAGCUUUCGAGGGUAGCUUUGGAUAUCA